AUGCCGGAUAUUACUACUCUUCAUAAUCUUUAUACAAACGAUCCAAAUGGUCUUUUGACUACUAUUACUGCUAUUUAUGAUCGUAUUGAAGGUAAAGACUUGAAUCCUGUAUGGAUUUCAAUUAUACCACGUGAAAAUGCAAUAGCCCGAGUAAAACAAUUAUCUCUUAUAACGAUCGAAGAACGUGUUAAACUUCCACUUUAUGGCAUUCCAUUCGCUGUAAAAGACAAUAUAGAUGUUGCUACAUUGUCCACUACAGCCGGAUGUCCAGCAUUUGCUUGUGGUCCAGUAGCUGAAAAUGCACCACUUGUUGAGAAACUCGAACAAGCAGGUGCAAUUCUUAUCGGUAAAACGAAUAUGGAUCAAUUUGCUACAGGUUUAGUAGGUACACGAUCGCCAUAUGGUGCCUGUGCAAGCGUUUUCAAUACAAACUAUAUCUCUGGUGGAUCAAGUUCAGGUUCUGCAGUAGCAGUAGCAAGUGGUUUAGUAACAUUUUCAUUGGGAACUGAUACAGCUGGAUCUGGUCGUAUACCAGCAAUGUUCAACAAUAUUAUUGGACUAAAACCUACUCGUGGAUUGUUAAGCGCACGUGGUGUAGUACCUGCUUGUCGUAGUCUUGAUUGUGUUUCUAUCUUUGCGGAAACAGCUUCCGAUGCCGCUAUUAUUCUAUCCGUAGCACGUGGAUUCGACGAAUUCGAUCCAUAUUCACGUAUACCAUCAGAUUCGUCGGGUGCAGCACCAUGGAUUAUUGCUCCAACUUUUCGCAUCGGUAUACCAACACUUAAUACACGUGAAUUCUUUCGCGACAUUCAUAAUCCUGUUCUUUUUCAAAAAGCAAUAAACGUAAUCAGUCAUGAUCUCAAUGGUGAAUUAAUUGAAUUCGAUCUUACACCAUUUCUUAAUGUCGCCAGUUUACUAUACAAAGGCCCAUGGGUAGCUGAACGUUACGCUGCUGUUGGUAGUUUUGUCGAUCAACAUCUAACAGAAAUAGAUCCAACUGUACGUACUAUUAUCACAAACGCAAAAGAUUACACAGCAGUAGACACAUUCAAUGCUAUUUAUGAACUUGAAAGAUUAAAGAAAAAAACGAAUAAAUUAUGGGAAAUAUUUGAUGUUAUGUUGGUACCAACUGCACCUCGAGCAUUUACAUUUGAUGAAAUUGCUGCAGCACCUAUCGAAUACAACAGUCAACUUGGAUAUUAUACAAACUUUGUAAAUCUACUCGAUCUCGCUGCAAUUGCUAUACCUGCUGGUAUACGUCCAGAUGGAUUACCAUUUGGUGUUACUCUAAUAAGUCAUGCAUUUACAGAUACAGCUCUUUUAAUACUUGGAGAUCGUAUACAUCGUUCACUUGCAACUAAUAUUGGUGGUUCAUCACGUUCCUUAGCAGAUACACCAAAAUUACUUUCGAUGGAUAAUCGUAUUUUGCCUUCAAAUUGCUUUCUUAUUGCUGUUAUUGGUGCCCAUCUUUCAGGUCAACCACUUAACUAUCAACUUACAGAACGAAAAGCUCGAUUGAUACGUACUUGUCGCACCAAUCAAGAAUAUCGGCUUUAUGCACUUAAAGAUGGUGUACCAGCCAAACCUGGUUUACUACAUGUGAAAAAUAGUGAAGGACGUGGAAUUGAACUCGAAAUUUGGGCUGUUCCUGCUGAUAAGAUAGCUAGUUUUAUUGCUAUGAUUCCAUCACCACUUUCUAUUGGUAGUAUUCAUCUCGAUGAUGGUCAAAUUGUCAAGGGAUUCUUAGUAGAACCAUCGGCUGUGAAUGAUGCACAAGAUAUUACACAUUUUGGUGGAUGGAGAUCUUAUCUCAACAGCAUCAAAGCAUCUUCAUAA